AUGACGACACCAGCAGUGCGAAGGUCUCGCCGUGGACCAAAACCAAGACGAUCCUUCGGUGCAGACGCAGAAAUGGUCGGUCCAGCCGCUGCGACUACUGCUAGUAUUAAGCAUCCUAUCCAAGGCAACAACACUGAAGCGCUGACCGUGGAAUCUCACACAAAGUCUACUACUGAGGUCACAGGCAAUGGCAGUAAGCGCGGUGUUGUUGUCAGUCCUGAUGUGAGUGCUGCUUCAAGCAAUGCAAUGAAAACAUUGAAAGAAUCCACCAAUGACAUGGAAAUUGUAGAUGGAUCCAGUUCCGGUAGUACUGAUGAUGAGGAUGAGGAUGGCCAGGAAUUGAUCCGUGAUCUCAUCAAGAGGAAACGAAAGGAUCGUUCAGAGGCUUCUGACCUUGAAGAAGAAGGAGAAUCAGAUGCGGAUUUGUUACACCAAUCCUACAGUUUCAGCCCUGAUGAUUUCAGUGACGACGACGAGAGAGAUGACGAGUUGAUCCUUGAUCUAGUCGAACGAAAGAGAAACAUGAAUCAAAGCUCCGUACAUGUAGUAGCGUCCACUCCAAGAACAAGGAACAAGAGCAAAAUGAUUUCCAACGUGGUCACUCCAACUCCCUCGGAGCAUCAGCAAACCAAGCACCUGGACCUGGCAGCCAAGGAAGAGGAUGAUGGCUACAACACCAGUGACAUGGAGGAGGAAGCAAGUCGGAGUGACGACGACGAAGAGUUCUUGAGUAACCUAGAGAAAGACGAGAAGAAAACGUCUGUUCCUGUGACCCCGAGCCCCGCCAAAAAGAAGAAACCUAGUAGUCCAGCAAAGAAGACGCCAUCGGACAGAAACAAAAAGAAGACUCCCACCAAGCGUGCUCCCAGCCAGAAGGACAAGAAGAAGCUAAACCCCCGCAGCAUUGCGGUUCGGGGAUUGCCUCGUGGAUCUCUCGGAAAAUGCCCCAUCAGUGGGUUCACCAUUCGGACGCUGGAUGGAAUCAAACCCUUUGUAGCCGCAUCGUGUGAUUGGAGUUUGCCGGGGCGUCUCUUGGUGGUGGCGGCUCCGGAUCCCCCAUCUCUGCAAAAUGCCGUCGGCAAGACGUUUGAUUCCGCCCAAGAUCUCCAUCAACACCUUCAAAAGAUCGUCACUGAUGAGGAACGCAUUCUCGUCCCCAAGGCAACCUAUGAUAUGGAGGCAGUCGCCGAUCCAACGUUUACGUCGUGGGAAUUUGCCAAGGCGAGACUCAAUGCGGCAGGAUUGAUUCCGGAUGGUAACGAAAUAAUCGAGCAAGAAGAAGACAACAAUCAAAAGAGGAAAAGCAAUAACCUACAGAAGGGGCCCAUUGUGGUGGUCAUCCAGUGGGACGGCAACGCCAAAGUGACGGCAUCGGUUUGUCAUUACACCGACAUGCUGGAUGCCAACAACAAAAGCGUGGAGGCUCUGCAAUGGGCCAUUAUUGAAAACGGAGAAGGACGCGAGCUGCCGCCGGUGCUAGUGGGAGCCCCCGAAUCCCUCAUCCAUCAUCAACAAUCCGAUCUGGGUGACGACGAGGGCGAGGGUGACGACGACGACACGAUUGCCGUUGACACUGGCAAGAACUUGAUCCCGACACCCUCCAAACAGGUUGUCAAUAUCAAACUACCAGCUUCCCUGCUGGAGAAAUCCAUUCGACGGGCUGCCGGGUCCACGCAGCAGGGCGGCAUUUGUACCAUUGCGCCGCUACUGGAUGCCUCGGCGUCUCUAUUACUGCGGCGACGCGCUCACAACAACAAUAACAACAACCAGCAUCCUCUGCCAGGAUCCACCCUGGCAUUUCUCAAGACAGUCUGGGGCUGCAUGCUGGUCGAUGCCGCUCCCUUUGAUGACGCGGACGAUUGUCUAGGUCUACCUGGUUUGCUCGUGCUGUCGCUCGUGGCAAAGGCCAAUCCAGACUGGACGCUCCCGCCACCCUUGAAUCGGUUGUCUGUUGCGGCCGCUAUCCGAGCUGCGACCGCUCCAUCAAAUCAAUGGGUGGGGUUUGUGAAACGGCGCGAGGACUGGUGGCAGUUGGAAGACAUGCCAGCAACAAAAGAUACAGAGGACGAAUUGGAUUCUCCCCGUGCGGUUCUUCUCCGCAAUGUUCUUCGUGCCACCCAAGUUGCUGUGGGAGGACGAGUUGCAUGGGGCAAGUGGAACAGCUUUGUCGGUGACACUUCGGCGGGUGCAGCCAUUGCGUACUUGAACGAUGACGACUGGGAUGGAUCGGUUCUUCCACCUGCUCCGGGUCCUAGUAUCAGUGGUGAAGAUGAAAGCAAGAUUCUGGCGGCUUGGGAACAAGGCCGUAGUCCAUCCAUUCCGCCCGAACUUCGCCUGAAGAAGCUAGAUCACGAGUGUCGGUUGUCUGCAAUCGAUCCCACUGCCAUGCCGUCUACCUUGGUGCUGCUUCAGGCGUUGCUCCAACAACCUCCCACGCAUUGGAAGAAGCACAGCCUUCCUGCUUUGUCCAAACAUAUUCGAAAACUGAUCAGUAAUGUGAAUCCGAGGGAUCAAGAAAGCGUUCAGCUUUUGCGUCUGGCAACUUGGGGUACAAAGAAGCAAACAAAAUCCAAAUCACCACCACCACAAACAGCGGAUACGCCAACUGCAGCAGGCAAUACAGCGGUUGAAUCUUUUCGUGAAGUUGUAACCAACACGGGUGAGCUGUCAGAAAAAGAGGCAGAAUUGGUGGAUUGCUACGAGGCUAUUCAGAACUUGCAGCUGAAGGGUCUCUUUCAACAGCUUCAACCCACAGCGAAUCCAGCUACGGAGACAUCCUCUGCUACUAUACCAGAUGGGGUGGUUAGCUUUCCAGCGACUGUGCGUGUUCAAGCAGGAAAACCUGUGUCCGCCUUUGACGGCCGUGUGGCAUUCCUUCUUGCGUUUGCUUCCGCUGUGGAAGUCCAAGUGUCUCCUGACGGCACGGAUGGAAAGAAGGAGACUGUCAGCGCCAUGUUCUGCGGUGACCCCGACGAGCCGUUACUGGUGCAGCGAAUUGGGAAGGCCAGGAAGGAUGGAAAAGAACUGGCAGGAGGCUCCAAAUCAGGGGCAACGGCGGUGCCAUCGCUCGGUUAUGUGCAACGAACAAGGUCGAAAGAAGAAGCGAGGUUGAUGGAAGCAGCCGAGCUUGAAGUGGCAAAGUAUUGGAAAGGUGGGCUGACUAUGCCGUUGCCUCUACCUGCUUUGGGAGUGCAAUGGGAACUUGGGAGGAACAAGUCAGAAGGAGCCAAGAACGAAGACUGGGAGGAGGCUGAAAAGUCAGUGACGAGAACGGCGGAAUUUGUGGACAAUGGGAGCGGGAAGAAGACGUGGCGCUUUACGAUUGCAGGCGUUGAGGUGGAGCCCUUUGAUGCGCGCCCAGUUGUGUCGCCCUGUGCUUUGGACCUUGAUGAUCCCUCCAUUAAGCCGGUGCCUAUCGAACCAGGAUCUGGGAGGGCUCGUCUCCUACGAGUUGCGUUUUACGUGGAGGGGGCUGCUUCGGUGGAAGAAUCCCAAACCCCUUCUCACGCCGAGGCGCUGCUGGAGAGCAUGUCUGCGCUGCAUGAUCUCGCCUGUGCCUACCGACUCUCUUCCCCAGAUAGGCCCUGUGAAGGUUUGAUUUAUGACUGGCUGCCACUGACCGCACUGAGUCCAGUUCCCUCUAGGACAUGGAGAGAUGUAUUGUUGGCAAUACGGACGCGGGAACAAGACCAUGUGGUGCUGGGAAGGGGUAUUCGUCCGGAUGGGAGUGGCGCUCCCGGUGAUAUGACCGAAGGCGUUGUCCUCAGACUCUUUCAUGCAUUGGAAUCAUUAUAUCCCACCGUGCUCAAAAAGUUUGGUGCUUUCAAAUUUUCCAUACGGCCUCGAGGGGCUGCUUUCUAUCAUUUGUUGGCUUGCUUGGAACUGUUGGGUCGGGGGGAAGCGAAAAGCCAACAAAACGUCACGUCUGCCGAGUGCUCUCCCGGCCUUCUGGAGGCGGACAACAGUGGGAAGGGUUUGGCGAAGUCUGAUGUCCCCGGGAAGAAUCGAUCUGGUUCAAAUGGGCAGUCACCAAAAGAAGCAGAAUCCGCAACACCUUCGAGGAAGCGUCGAAAACGGGGCAUUGAUUCAGCCGUGAGCUCUCGUUCGCCACAACCAACGAAGCGACCGAAACGUGCUGCUGCCGCCAGUGCCAUGAAGAAGACAUCGAAUCUUUUCGCCGGUGAUCAUGGCAGGAAGACAGGCAGAGAGAAGAAGCCAACAACCCGCGAGGCAGAUAGUGAUUGCAGUGACCAUUCAGUUUGUGAUGAGGAUUUGUUGCCCAAAGAGUACCUCCCGGUUCCUAAAGUGACAACUGAACUCUGGCUGCAUCAAGAAGCAUCUGUUUCCAAAGUUGUUCAGGGUGUACAAGAAGGCAAACGAGGACAUGCGGAUGCGUCGGCAGUUGGGGCUGGUAAGACCUUGACGGCUCUGGCCACCAUUGCCCGACUUGCCCAGUGGAUUGAAGACUCUGGUGGUUCUCGUCAUGGGGUCCUUGUCAUGCUUCCCACCAAGGCCUUGAUCAAAGAGUGGCUGCUGGAAAUUGCGACCCAUACUGCCGGCUUUCAUGUCGUUGAGCAGAGAGAAGAUGGCACUCUUUUCUCAAUGACAUAUGGAAAGAAAAACCCACCGAUCGAUGGCAACUCCCUGAUCAUAUCAACCUUGGAUCGAGUGUGUAGGAAUCCUUUUCUGCGACAAUCGGCAUGGGACUUUGUCGUUAUUGAUGAGUGCCUCUCAGUGCAAAAUGCUUCGGCGAAGCGAGCUCCUUCGGCGUGGAGACAAAUUGAAGUAUCCAUGUGCGGCGUGCUGAUGCUGUCGGCUACUUUUUUCCGUUCAAAAUACGACUCGCUGUUCUACAUGAUCCGAAUGCUGAGGUCGCCACUGCCGAGGACAAUGGAAUGGCUCCCAGCCACAAUCCACGAGCAUAUCGUUUGCCAGAUUCCGGAAACCGACCGAACUUGGACUAUGGAGGCAGAAAUGGUCAAGCUGCCACCCGAGGUUCUGCGCCUAUACCGUACCAAAGUCGACACAUACGGGAGAUUGCAACUCAACGACCCUGGGAAGGUAGACGGACGGAAACUUUGGACGUCGCUGGGAAGCUUUCUUCGCACUCACUAUGAGGGCCGGGAUGGUGCACGUUAUGGACGGAAGUCUAUCAUGGGCGACGCAAUCAUCAAGGUUGCGAACAAGCUCUUGCGCAAGAAGCGGCGUCCUCUUGUUUUUGCCGAUACGGAACCUGAGGCUACGCAUCUGGUGACUGUGAUGACCAAAGCACGUAUCCCGGCUCAAAUGUGGAAAGAUGUUGCCGCAGAGCGGAUUGCAAACUCCUCCAGAGGCAAAAAUGACGCAAAGAAGAACGAAAAUGGCGUGAUUGUUGCAGUGAAGAGCAUUGAGGGGCAAGGUAUCAACAUGCAACACCACGCCGACUGCAUCAUUUGUCGACCUACAGAGGGUGACCUUCUUGAGCAAAUGAAGGGGCGUGUGGACCGGCCAGGGCAGACCGAAAAGCAGCUGCUGCUUGUUGUCAUAGUCGCGGAGCACACGAUUGAGGAAGCAAAGUUUGCAAAUAUUCGCCUCGCCGGCAACUUCUUCCGACAGUAUAUAGCCCCAGUGGCCAAGAAGUAUCGCGAGCGCGUUGACUUGGAGGCCACCUUGGCUGCUGGAGGCAAGAAGCAGCUAAAGAAGGGAACGGUGACGAAGAAAUGGAGAGAGACACUGCAAGAUGCAGGAAAUUCCGGGUCAUUUGCAAGGCUUCUCGACAAAGGUGGCAACGACAUGGACGACGAGCCCAACGAGGACAUGAUGGCUGAAGUAACAGAAGAAGAAGAUAUGAAUGGAAAGGCCAAACCCGCCGCCGCCGACGACGAAGACAAGCCUUUGAACAAGGUUCUUGUGAACAAGGGUGACCCCGUCGCCGUGAGGCAAGCCAAGGAAGAUGCGAAGAACGGUCGGGCAUCUUUGGCAGUUCGUCAAUGGCUGUUCCCGCCUAAGCCCACAGCUCAAAAGGGUUUGAAGAAAAAUGGAGAAAGGCCCCUGGCGAAAGUGUCGUUGCUGCGCUUUUCGGACACGACACCUCCCCUAAUAUUGAACCAUGAGACGGUUCAGAAAGGUGUUUCGCAUCUGAUGGCGAAGGAUGCAAAGCUCCGAGCAAUCCUCGCGCGCGUUGGAGCAGUUGCGCUGGCGAACGACGUUGGUGAGCCCAAGGACUUGUCUCAGGGUCGUUUCUUUGAUCAGUGUUUGCGUUCCAUUACUUUUACGCAGAUCUCGGUUGAAGCCGGAGAGUCUUUCAUGAGGCGGCUGGCCAUCAAGGCCGGCAUAUGCCUGGAGCGUAAGCACACGGCUGCGGGCACCUUGGACGCUUCCACGACAGCGUAUCUGGCUCCAUUCCUCGAAGGACGCUCUCGCGACGUGGUUUUCACUCAUGCACUGCUGCGUCCGCUGGUUGACGAGUGCAAGAUCAAGCAGGGAAAACGGACGGGAUGGCCGCACCUCUGUGGACCAACCCACCCAUGCGGAAUGAGAGACGACCCUCAAGUUUUUCUCAACAAGGCUCGCGAGAACAGCACCGGCAUUAGUGCUGGUUACUCCAAUACGAAGGCAAGCUUCAUCAUCUCUCUCGUGGAAGAUUUUGAAAGUGGAAAGGUUUCUGCCGAAAAGAUCUCUAAGGCUUCGGACCGCGAAGCCGCCAGGAUGCUCACGAGCCUGAGAGGCAUUGGAGAUUGGUCGGCCGGUGGCGUGCUGAUGUUUUUCCUUCGUCGUGCUGACAUUAUGUUGUAUGGGGAUCUGACGGUUAGAAACUACCUGAAUGAUCUCUACGACAUCAACCACAAUCAUGCAUCCGAGACACUCGUGGAGUCCGCCGCAGAUUUCGCGGACAACGGGGAGAACCGCAACCUGAUGGAUGCUCUUGCAAAGGAACGUGGAUGGGAGCCCUACAGAUCGGUUGUGACUCUUCUCAUGUACCAUCUUCAGGAGGAGAAUUUAAUUCUGGUGUAG